UACUGUUGAACAUAGUUAUUUUGCAGAGGAGGCAAAAACUGAUGCCACAGCACAAUUAUGACAAAAAUACUGAAACAUGUACUCCUUGAUCUAUCGAUGAAACAGGCAUUUCGGCCAGAAAAAUGAUUGUUUGAAACUUCUUGUUUUCUUUGUUUGUUUUUUUUUUCAGCCCUUGCGAUUUAAGUUAUGAAUUCAAGUGUGCAACUCGCUUUGGAGGUUUCAAAGGCUUGGAAUACCAGCGGCAACGAUACCCCCCCUCUGGAAAGCUGUGUCAUCGCAUCUCCUAUAGUUCCAAGAGAGGUUAAUAUCAUUGUACACUUUCUGACGUUCUUCACGUCUUUGACUGGAAACACCCUCCUCAUCAUUGCAUAUCUGAGAAUGAACGAAGCGAUACUGCUGCUCAUUGCCAACAUGGCUGCAUCUGAUCUUCUCUUAGCGCUGGUUCUUUUUCCUAGAUGGAUCAUAAUAGAAGUAACUGAGUCCUCCGAAUUCCUCGUUCGCGGUAGUGGAGGCGCUUUUCUUUGUAAGAUCUGCACUGUUCUAAGCGACGCAUCAUUGUCAGUGUCAACCCAAAGUUUAAUCUUGAUCGCAGUCGAGCGGUUAUUGGCACUGAUAGCUCCUGUGCUGUAUAGGAGGAUAACCAAUAAAAAAAGAAGAAUUCUCGUCAUCUGCACUUGGAUUGUGGCUAUACUACUUCACUUGCCCUAUUUCUAUGUAAUGCAACUGGUUUUAGUCCCUCACAAAGGUACCUUCAUCCAAGUUUGUGACCACGACUGGCAAACAUUGUUUGAGGACAAAACAGCACAUGUUCGUUAUAGCAUUUUUUUAUUUACAACAGUUUUAGUUAUACCUAUUCUUAUAAUUUGUGUCCUUUAUGCUGUUAUUAUUAUCACCCAACGAAAUGACAAAAUGGACACCAGUCGAAGUGAAAAGUCCGCAAGACGAAGGGAACAACGCGUCAAGAAAUUACAAAGGAUGGCUGUAGCCACAGUAACUGCACUCUUUUUAUGCUGGCCGCUUUACGUUAUGAUCGUUUUACACAGAAUUGUCUCUCCGGAAACUGUUCCUAAAUGUAGUAAAUUUUACAAGGUGGUGGAUCACAUUUCUCACAUGAUAGCGAGCUGUUAUUGUGCAGUUAACCCUUGCCUU